UCCGUGCAAGGCCGUGGCUUGACACCGCCUAUGGGUGGACUACACGGGCUCAGUGAACGCUGCAGCAACAGACACCUGCGUAUGUUCAUGAACGCGUCUACCAAUGCGAACACGGACAUGGCUGUAGACAACGCCGCCACAGCAACCUUUAAAGGCCUGGUGUCCCGAAAUAAACCCGCUUUGUCGGCCAAUGCACCUAAAUUACCGUACAACAGGACUGAUGUGGACCAAUACGCAAAGAUCAUACUACAGUUGCUGGGGAGUGUACAGGCGCAGUGUAGGGCAGAGGCUCAGCUGUGUGGCGACCAGGGCCCAUUGGACCAAUUCAGCGAUGUACUGCGCAAAUAUAGCCCAUCCGCUACCUCCACAUCAUCAGGUGGGGAUGUACCUGCAGAACGGUAUGACUCAUCCAAAGCAGACCUCGCGCACACGCCGUCCAUGCACCCAGUGGCACUGUCUCUGCAAAUGUCAAUGCGCUCUAAAAGCUCCGCUUCGUUCGAGGCUAUGCGUCGGCUGUCGAGUGUUGCGGUGAAUGGUCCGAUGAAGCAAAGCGGGACCAAUACCGGUACGAGUGUUAUCCGGGAUACGGCGGGGUCUGUGGCCAUCACGGACGACACUCCAUGGAGCCCCAGUCUCUUCGCCCACACUCCGCACCUGAGUCCUCUUGAAAAUGGACAGGACAGGGCAGAGAAGCCGGCACCGAUAGACAGUCAUAGUCUGCGUACCGCACACACACGCACCGCCAGUGACUACAGCCGCACGGCCUAUACCUUCACCAACGCCAUGGACACGGAGGGCAGUGACGACGAGUACCCACCUGAGCCCCACCAUGAACAACCCAGCACCAGCCACUACCAGCAGGAUACUACCGUGCCUGGAGAGAGCUCUGAUACCAAGAGUGGGCUAUUGCGGGUCGUAACUCAUGGCUCACAUGGUCUGGCACUGUCACCUCCGCUGCACCACUCACCGUUGCACUCGCCGCGACACACCCCACCACACUCGCGACCACACACGCCGCCGGGUAGUCCUCCCGCGACGAAGGAGCAGCCAAUGAGGUAG